AAAAUAGUCACUGGUGUCUGAUCGCUUAUUUCAGUCACACUUCAAUACAUUUGGGAAUAACGUCUCGAAAGUAUAAACAUCCAGUGACUACAUAUCCGCAACAUUACGAAAUAGUUCUGACUUCUCAUUCAAGCGUUUGACCUGGAGGAAAUCAAUCACGGUAGUUCGUCAAGUUCGUCCGAAGCCGUCGUCAUGGAGGAGCAGGAAGAAGAUUUGGAUUUUGGAUUUGGCCUGUUCGAUGAUUAUCCCGAAGUCAAACCUUGCCGGAAGCGUAUAGAUGAGUUUGAAAGUACGGGACAACGGAGUUUGGGAGAUUCGACGACUAACAUUUAUCAACCGGUCAAGGGAGGAACCUAUCUGCAUUGUGCUAUAAGGAAGGGUAACCAGGAACUGAUAGAUAAGUAUUUGCGUGGCUAUCGAGACGACUUCGAUAAGAUAAAGUGCUAUUUGGCGGAGAAGUACCAAUGGAAUGCGGAGGACAAAAUUUGGCUGAGAAAAUAUAAUUUGAUCGCGGUGGGUGAGGAACAAGGUAAGAUUUGUAAGGAGUUGGAACAGAGCUCGGUGAAGGAUGAUGACUUGGAGAACGCUGUUUUCGUUGUCUUGCAAACAGCGAUUGAUGGUGAAGAAGUGGCAAUCAUUCAUCCAGACACCAGUAAUCGAUUGAAAUUGUGCAAAACGGUCCGAGAGCUUCUGCCAAAUGGGGUUUUAUCCUGGAGCUACACUGGCGCGCAGAAGGAACCGUAUCAAAAAGGGGAAACUUUCGUAGAACUUGCAGCGUCAUUGGGAAAGAACAGCAUUAUCUCGCAGUUGUGUGAACUAGGGGCACCACUGAGUAUACCAGAUCAUUGCCCGUUAUUGGCUGCAUGUUCAACAUUUCGAAAGGACACGAUCCGCUGGCUUCUCACUGAGCAUUUUGACCAUUUCGACUGCACACAGAGAAACUCAUAUCAAAUGAAUGCCUUCUUAGCUCUCAUGCAGAAAAAUGACGCCCAGAUCAUUGAUUACGUACUGAAGAAAAUGAUUAACUAUCGACAGAAGUACUUUAAUGAGAGCGAGUCGGAAGCGUUUGAGAAAAUAUUCCACUACGAAAACCCGGAACUCAGUUGCUUGUCCAGCCUAACUCAUUUGAGGAAUGGGCCAUUGCGAGACCAAGUAGAAGAAUACAUCGUACACUAUAAGCUAGACCUGUCGUAUCAAUGGGAGAACGUUACCAUCCUCGUCUGCUUAAUGUGCAGGAACAUAGCUGUAGAAUACUGCUGGUCGGAGAUCCGCAAGAAUCCCAACUUAUUGGGAUUGAUAGCGUACGGCGAAACCACAGUGCUGCACGAGUUCAUUCGUAUAAAAAAGUUGCAGGUUUUGCCGGAAAUCUACCAGUCACAUCCAGAGAUAAAACAGAUCUUCGAAAAUGAACGAGGCAUCAACUUGCUGAGGGAGAUGCUUUUCUCAAAGUGCCUCGAAUCAGCUGAGUUCAUCAUGGAAAACCAUAAAGAUUUUCUGCUGGAUAAUUUGGACCAAGUGAGGAAAAACGUAGCACUUUGCAGCUACAAUACGAAGGAGUUCUACGAAGACCAUGCCGAGCUACUAACAAAGCAUUUUCCAAUGCUGGCAGGUGAAAUUGAGGAAGCAAGAAGGAGGGAUCCCGACAUUUAUCCAGGAUAUGAUCUUGAAGUAGCUUUCCACAAAUUCAAUUUGGAGUUCGAAGAAUCAUUAGUGAAGGCAAAAGACGAAACUCAACCACUGAGCACGAUCAGGGGCCUUAAAGGACUAACGCUACUUCAUUACACCGUUGACAAAGACAACAAAACCUGGUUCGUACAGUUGCUGGAAUCGGGUUGUGACAUUGACGCGCUAGACGACGAAGGUAAUCUACCGAUCCAUUACGUUCGAAGCCUGGAGAUGUUCAACCUCAUCCUCGAUAAACACCCCGAUGGCCCAUCAUUGGUUCAUCGGACCAACUCCGACGGUUUCACGGUUCUGCACAAGGUUUGCUCUCUACGAAUGGAACGGAAACCCUUGAGCGCCUUACUAGAAAAAGUCAUCGAGUGUGGUGCAGAUGUAAAUCAGCUUACGACAUAUGGUGACUCCGCAGCUUUCAUGAUUGGAAGCUGCACUGGAUUGGACAUCCUUAGGAAGCACAACAUUGACCUGGAAGUCGUUAACGAUGAAGGAGACAAUGCGCUAGACCGUCAUAUCUGCAACCGGAAUGUCUGCAUGGGCAAUGUGCUCUUGCCAUUGAUGCACAAAAUGCCUUCUUUCAAAGAUCACGCUCACAAAUAUUUAGCACCUUUCCUGGCAUCAAAUCGGGACUUCUUCAGUUGUGACUAUCAGCCCUUCCUGGAAGAAAACCCCGAGACCACCAAGAUCAUAUUCGAUUCCCUCUUCAAACACUCCCGAGAGGAAGCUUCUCGUCUGUUUGGUCGAGCCUGUGGUAGUGCCCACAUAUUCAUCACGGAAAAGUUCCUCGAAUUCGACUACGAUUUGGAUUAUAACUACAAAGAUGACUACGAUUACACGCCCAUAAUUGGAUUGUGCAGCUACAUGGAACGCCCGAACGUCCACUUGAUGCGACAGUUACUCAGGAAAGGAGUUGAUCUGGAGCAUCGUAACCAUUGGGGUCGUAACGCAUUGCUGGUUCUGGUUCACGGCUUCCGGUCCGCCAGGUGGUACGGUCACGAUGUUGGAUCUGUGCAGCUUCUGUUGGAUCACGGAGCGCAGAUCAACGGGACGGAUAGCGAUGGAAACACGUCCUUGCAUUAUGCCUUCACGAACGAAGAUUGGGAAUUGGUGGAGAUGCUGGUGACAAACGGCGCGGAUUUAUCGAUGAAGAAUAAAGAAGGAAAGACGCCGCUGGAAGUGACCUCGUAUAUGGGUCAGGAGUUGUUCAAAUUUAUGAAGUAAUCUGAUUGCGUCUGUGAUAAUAAGUAUUUUUAAAAUGCUUUUUAAUUAUUUCGUUGUGAUAUAGGAAA